CAUUAUGGUCUUUUUAAAGAUGGCGGAGUGCCUGGCUGCACGUUUGACCGCCCAGGAGGAGCAAAUUCGCCUCCUCACCAAGGAAAUAUCCGCUCUUCGGGACGGAUUGAGCCGAGGCGUGAGUGUAGCCGGUACUGAGGGUGUGUCUCCGGUGCUGGAGAACCUGCAGGCUGAGAAUGAGAAGCUCAAAUACCGGCUGCUGCACCUCCGGAGGAGUCUUCAGGUGGAGCUGGAGCUGGAGGAGGCACAAGGAAAGAAACUACAGGGAGUAAAAUGUGGGAAAACUCAGGAGAAAACUAUCAAUAAAGAGCAGACGACCAACAACCGAGCUGAAAAUAAGGUAGAAAUAAAAACAGCAAACAUGCUACAGUAUCAUUUGCAUGUGAAGUGAGGUCAGUGGUAGCAGUGUUGCAUCAGGUUGCACCAUCAUGAGUAACGGGCCUAUCUCUAGUGAAGCCAAAUGACAAACUACACCACCCCUCCUCCAAAAAUAGCUGCACCCCUUCAGUGAGACAGUUGUUGCACACUUUGGAUACUGACAUGGACAAGUGAUAUCAAUAUUAAGCUGAUGAAACAAAAGGAAAGAGCCUAUUAAAUAAAGACACAUACAUUCUCUGUCUGUGAACAGGUGGUACCUUCAGAUACCAAACCAGCUGAUGGGAACAACAAGAAGGAGAAGAAGCAGGAGAAAGGACAAGGAAGUGGAAGUCUUAAAGAGGUGGAUGUUUAAAAUAAAAAUAAAAAAAGCAUACCAUGAAAUCAUUCAAAUUUAGUGUCUCUAUUGUGGCUAUUUCUUGAAUUUUAUUAAUUUCCACAUUGUCCCUAGAUGAAUCCCUGGCCUGAGUACAUCCCAGAGCGUCUGAGUCUCUAUGAGCAGCUGAAGAAAGAGAGUGAUGCCCUGCUGGCGAAGAAAGCUGCUGACAGCAAACCCAUCACCGUGGAGCUGCCUGAUGGACGUAAGGUGGAGGGCAAGGCUUGGCUCACCACACCGUACCAGCUGGCUUGUGAUAUCAGGUAAGCAUGAAAUCAACAGCCUGACACUGUAUCAUACAGUCGUGUUUCAAAAUGCUAUCAGUACUAUCUGAACAGGAGCAUUUCUUAGUGAACUAUCCUGACAACUGCUCCCUCCUUCAGCCGGGGCCUGGCUGACAACGCUGUGAUUUCUCGGGUGAAUGGGGAGCUCUGGGACCUGGAUAGACCUCUUGAACAGGACUGUUCUCUUGAGAUUUUGCGCUUUGACCAUGAGGAUGCUCAGGCUGUGAGUACAAAAUAUAUCAUAUUCACGUAAAAUACAAAUCAUGAAGUGUAAAGUGAAAUAUAAAGUGAAUGGGAUAAGAGGUAAUAAAAAAACAGUACCUGAAAUUGCAGAGCAGAACUACAAAAAGUCAAGUCAAAAAAGUAAGCAAAGUAGAAAAGUUUUUAAAGCAGUUAAACAAAAACUGUAAGAUUGUACAUAAUAUCAAAUGUAAGUGUGCAUAAUAAUAAUUAAAAGUUGUACUGCACAAGAUUGUGAAAGUUAUAAAUAGCUGGACAGAUGUUUAACCAUACCAUAGUUGCUGAUUGUAUACAUUUUCAAACAAAAGGUGGUUAUCUAAAACAACAAGUUAAUAACAAUAAAAUGUCAGUAACAGAGGUGAUACAUACAUCUUCCGCUCUUGUUCUAGGUGUAUUGGCACUCCAGUGCUCACAUCCUUGGGGAGGCCAUGGAGCGCUUUUAUGGAGGUUGUCUGUGUUAUGGACCCCCCAUUGAGAACGGUUUCUACUAUGACAUGUUCCUGGAUGGACAGAAGUGAGCAAAUAUUUUCACUAUUUUCUACUCUGUUCUCAACUUCUUGUAAGAUUUACAGAUAAAGAUUUUAGUCUCAAAGUUUUACAUUUCAGUUUUGAUAACUGAUUUGUGAUAAUUGAUUAUCUUUAUCUUUCUAAGAUAAGAAGAACUUUAUUUAUCCCUGAGGGGAAAUUUAGUAGUUUACCAGAUUGAAGUAUAGAGGCAUCAUGUCAGCAAAUUUAGGUAAUCAAGACAGUCCUAAAUUUCUAAAGAUGUUCGUCAUUUCCAGGGGAGUGUCGAGCACUGAGUUUGGGGACCUUGAGACGUUGUGUAAGGCUGUGGUGAAGGAAAAACAGCCCUUUGAAAGGCUUGAGAUCAGCAAGGAGACACUGCUGAAGAUGUUCAAGGUGAGACAGGGAGAUGGCUCUCUUCUCUGUUUUCAUCAUGUUAUUCUGUCCCUGUAAAAAAUGAUCACUGCUUUUAUCAAAACUGGAACUACAGUACAUGAGGCUUUUUGCCAUAUCAUGCUGUAUUUCUUCUGUAAAGGAUGGCUUCUAACUAAAUCGAGGUGUUUCUGUCUUUUAGUACAACAAAUUCAAGUGUCGCAUUCUGAAUGAGAAAGUUACCACCCCUACUACUACAGUCUACAGGUAAGCUGCCUAUAAGAGCAGGAUCUCAUAUUUAUACCAGAGAGAGAAAGCUUGAAUGCAGUAUGAGGACAAAAGAGUCAAACCAUUUACAUGUAUUUAUUGGGCAUUGAUGGGUGAUGAUAAACUGGUAUAUUUAGCACCCUUUGUAAACUAACACUAUAAAAUAAAAAAUUUACAAAACUUACUCUGUACUUGUACUUGGUUAAUCCAACUCUUUUUUAACAUAUGAAUUAUGGUAAAACAUUAGAUUUUUUUUAUUUUCCAUCAGGGACACUUCUCAAAAGCAUCAAUAAACUUCUAUCUAAUCUAAUCCCCAGAUGUGGACCCUUGAUUGAUUUGUGCAGAGGUCCUCAUGUCAGACAUACAGGCAAAAUCAAAGCCAUGAAGAUAUACAAGGUUGGUAGAAAAUAUGUCUUCCAUAAAUUUGUCAGUUUUGUUUGAAAUACCCAAGCCAUAAACCACUUUCCUCUGACUUUUAAGUUGAACUUUAUUCAAACUUAAGAAACUCAGUAGAAGGUUUGGGGCCACCAGUUCGUUUACCUUCUCUGUAGGUUUUCCUGCCCUGACAAAAUGUAAAAAUUCUAACAUGUCAUCUUUUCCACCUCUGUCAUCAGAACUCUGCAACAUACUGGGAAGGUCGCUCCGACAUGGAGACUUUACAGAGGAUCUAUGGGAUUUCCUUCCCAGACUCAAAGAUGCUGAAAGAGUGGGAACGUUUUCAGGAGGAAGCCAAGAAUAGAGACCAUCGCAAGAUCGGCAAAGUGAGUCACUGCAGGCCGUCAGGUCCAAGCCCACCCAGAGGGCUGUGGCCUGAAGCUGAAAUCUGAAAUCUGAAACCCAGAACAAAGUGAAUUUUGUGUCUUUAUUGUAAGAGGAGAUGUCUGACACAUCUUUUGGGGGGUUUUGUUUAAGUUUUGUUCUCAUCAAAGUCUAGGUUUGUGGUUGGAUAGAUGUGGGUACAGCCUGAAAGGAACCUGGAGCAAAAAAAAUCUUCAAGCAAACAGGCAAAGACACAUGAAAUGUUCUAAAUGAAAAAUAUGACAUUACAAAGACUUUCUUUCCAGUCAAGUUCAUCUCAAGCCCAUUGUGAAUCAUCAAAAAUAGUUCAGAGUCAGCUCUUCAUGGCAAACUUGAAACCUUCCUGCUAUAAAUUAUUGUUGCUGUUUAUGCCAGCUGAGGGCGCUGUUUUCUUUCAUGCUGGCACAUAACUGACCACUGAGAGUCAUCUGAGCGGUCCAGCUGGUUUCUCAGCAUGGGAGACACAGACGGCACCUCAGUCAGCUCUGAUAACAGGACAGUUCCAUAUAAGAGGCGACAAUCAGGGUAUUACUGUUGAGAGCAUUAAGAGGGAGGUGCUAAAAGUGGCAUGUUGUUCGAAAGAUGGUGCGCUGUCACGUGAUCCCAAGUCAAACCUCAUCAUUUGCACCCAGUCUGAUGACAGCUAUAUUUGAAAAUGGGCUGGAUGUGAUUCUGAUUUACCCAAUUUAACCAUAAAACUGAAGUAAAAACAUUUCCAUCAACAAGCACUCUGGGGAUCCUGCUGUGGCUUUGACAAAUCAAUAUCAUUUACCUGAGCAAACAUGAUCUACCGCUCCAGUUGUGACAUCUGUAUAGGGGAAAUAAACAGAUUGCUGUUCACAUAUUCAAAGAAAAAUCCCCCGAGGGCUUUACAUGAACUAUAAAUAAUGACAUGCUGCUUAUUUCAAAACCCAUGGCAGAGUUUUUGACACCUUAUCAGCACUCUUUGAGGGGUCCUCCUCCUUGUCCCCCAGUCAGGACCCCACAGCUUUUGAGAGACCUACAUGACAAAUAAGUCUUAGCAAGAAUUACGUCUUUUAACAGCUUUUUCAAACCCAUUUUUUUUACUUUCAAAUAUUGUUUAGUCUUUUAAUCUCCUCCUAUUACUUGUAGUUCUUCUGAACUGUUCAUCUCAUUUUGCAGCUUUUUGUUGUCGUUUUAAUUGUGACUAUUUCUUCUCGUCUUUUUUCAACUCAUUGAAUUAUUUUUCUCACUCCUUUUUACUGUGUCCUCUCUGCUACGUUUAAGUAUCUUUUGGUUGAAUUUCAUGUUGAAUCUGCUCUUAUAAAGUCUCACCUUGUCUGGCUAUGUGAAGGUUAUGCUCUGUCUCCAACUCGCUUAUGAAAUCUUGUUUCAUACAGUUGUUAAAAUGAAUCAGGUUUUAGUGUCUGCCCUCACCAGCCAGCUCAGUCCUAGCCAGGUUAAACUUAAUUUAUACUUGUUCAGGACAUUAUGAUAAUCUUAAUCAGUAUUACAAGCUAUAUUACAGUCUGACUGAUGAAACUCAAUUUUCCUCCUCACAGAUCUUAAAAUUUAAUACUCUUCUCUAUUGAAGGUCACGCUAACCCUCUCAGACUGAAGCAUUGUAAUUUAAAGUGGGUAAUGACAGGAUUUGCUUCACAGACUCAGAUGGAAACCUGGUCCACAUCUUUGCCUGCAGAUUUUUGGGAUACAGAAUUAUGAAAGGUUCCUCUUGUCCUGUUUUCACAGGAUCAGGAACUGUUCUUCUUCCACGAUCUCAGUCCUGGCAGUUGUUUCUUCCUGCCACGAGGAGCUUACAUCUACAACACACUAACAGAGUUUAUCAGGGUAAGAACAGCACCUUUUUUGUAAAACGUUUGUUUGCAAAAUUUUGGUUUUUAUAAUUGUGUAAAGAAAUUUCUUUCUUAGCCGAUAAAAUCUGUCAGAAAACUGUUUAUUUUCAUAUUGCGAACAUUGUUUAAAGGGGCCCUUUUUUGACAUGUUAACCUUCUGCUGAUACUGUUAAAAUAUUUUACAACACUCUUGCAAAGCUUGAGACUUUGGGUAAAAUGCAGAUAAAGUAGAGCUCGAUGGUUUUCAAAUCAUUGAGUCAAAUCAAGUUCAAAGACAUUAUUUCAAAUGUUUAAACUGAACUUUUUGUUAUUGAUUUGUGCAAAAUAAAAUUAUUGUGUGCUGAAGACCAGCCAGCUGUCCCUCUCCUCUUGGAGGAUGCAGCAUCCGUGGUGUCUAAAAAAAAAAACGCCACAUUUUGGUUUGCCAGGCCAUGAAACAGUUUUCCACUUCACCUUCCUCCACCUCAAAAGGUCGGAGUUACGAGCAUUUCUAAAUCAUCCUCAUAACAGUUUCUCUUUUCUUGAACUACUGACUGUUCAAUUAAGACCUCAUAUUGUGGUCCUCAAGGCAAAGCUAACCUGUGAGUUACCUGAAUGGCCUUGAUAAGUAAUCACUGAAGCACUUUCUUGAGUUUACUUUAGUUCACUUUUUUCAAGUUUCACCUUACUUGAUAAAACGUUUAAAUCAUGAUUAAAGAUUAGACUAAAGUUGAGAUGUUCAACAUUUGAGGAUGUCUUGAACUCUUUUUAACAAGUUCAGUGACUGCUCAGGAAGUCAUCCCUGGUGACAUUUAGAAAAUAUUUGUUGACAUCUUGAGGACUUUCACAUCACACUCCAACACACUAUACCAAGCCAAGAGGAACUCACAUACAUUACACAGAAGCGGUGUAAGAUCAUUAUCACGUCGCUGCAGUCUGUUAUCAGUCUGAAAGCCACCAACGACAGGAAGUCGUGCUUUUCCUGUAAACUCUAUAGUGCUUAAAAUGUAGAUGUGUCAAAUCUUGCUGUGUCAGGACUCCUACAAAUCUUUUUUUGGGCUCAUUUAGGUGCAAAAUCGCACUGAAAUAGGAGCAGCUAACCAGAAAAGUAUACUUGUCUGUUUAGCUGCUAACCUAUCAAGGGUUAAAACACUCAAGAAGCACCAACAAAUAGAUAUAAGAAUAAAUCUAACAGUAAGUUAUUUUGUGUUGCAGCUCACAGUUGAUGCUAAAAGUUAUAACAAAGUACCUUUGCAGUCCAACUGGCAGUUCCAGCUUGUUUAUGUGGUUUUGCUUUGUUUUUCUAGGAUGAGUACUGGAGAAGAGGCUUCCAGGAAGUAGCCUCCCCCAACAUCUACAACAGCAAACUGUGGGAGACUUCAGGCCACUGGCAACACUACAGCGAAAACAUGUUCUCCUUCCCCGUGGAGGAGGACAUCUUUGCACUCAAGCCCAUGAACUGCCCUGGACACUGGUGAAUUUAUCACACAUAGAGAAACAACAUCAUGACGAGAGUGUCUAAAUGUCUUAAAUCAAACUGCAGAGUACAUACUGCAUGUCAUAAUCAUACAAUUCUUAAUUUCUGGUUGUCCUAUAGUCUGAUGUUUAGUCACAGACCUCGAUCGUGGAGGGAGCUUCCUCUUAGACUGGCGGAUUUUGGUGUCCUCCACAGAAACGAGCUGUCGGGAACACUGACAGGGCUGACCAGAGUACGCCGUUUCCAGCAGGACGAUGCUCACAUUUUCUGCACCAUGGAUCAGGUGACCACAUCAGUGCUCUUUAGUCUUGUUAUGCAAGUUGGACCCAGAAGGGAACACUCAUCUGAGUGUGUGUGAUUUAGCUUUUGAAAAACAAGUCAAGAAAGACGAAAAACAAGUACCUGCUUAUUAUGAGUCAUUCCCAAUAUUACGAAACUUUUGUUUUGUUGUUGUUGUUUUUUUGACAGAUCGAAACAGAGAUGAAAGGCUGUCUGGAUUUCCUCCGCUGUGUGUACGAUGUGUUUGGGUUCUCCUUCCAGCUCCAUCUCUCCACCCGUCCAGAGAAAUAUCUGGGUGAUAUCGCUGUGUGGAACGAGGCGGAGAAGGUAAACCCCCUUAAGAUUUGUGUCUGGAAUUAAUCUCUUGGCAGGAGAUUUUGUAAAUAUUUAUGAUAAGAUCUACCUCUGUUUUUAUCAGUAUGAGACACUCGUAAUUGCAGUAUAAAAGCAGAGUCCUUACCACACUUUAUGUCAAAAUCAAGUGAAUGCUCAGGCUGACACAAACUUGGCUCUACUGUUGACAGAGCUGACUCCCUGCUGUGAGAUUGUGCAGCAGUAUCAAAGCUGUGAGUCAUUGUGAAGAGAGGCCCAUUUGCAGCACAAGACAGUGACAACACUCCAGUCUGUAGCAUUGGUGAAUCUAUAUUUCUCAGUAGCGAGGUGGCAGCAAGGUGGCAGCAUUGCUGUUUUCUAAGUCAAAGGUGUUCAGUUGUAAGACUCAUCGAGAAGUAAAGUAGCAUCCAAACAUGGCACUAUUCAGUAAAAAGUAAGUGCAAUUGAUAGAAAUUACCUCCGCAGGACAGUGGCUUCACUUGCAAAUCCAUCAGCUAAUGCCAAUAAUGUUUGUGCCACUGGGCAAUACACACAGACUCAAAGGGAGACAUUAAGUUUUUCCUUUUUAUAGAGUUGGCUAAUGCAAGCAAUGCUGACAAAGUGAACCACAAGUGCAGUCUACAAACUCAACUUGUUGUGAUUCGAACAGGAAAAGAUGCAUGAAAAUAACAAUAAAAAAGAACUUGUGAGAGAAGUUUCUAGUAUUAUUUGAACAUAGUAAAUUUUUUUAAUGUCAUAGAAAGAAUUGAGUUGUCAGAUAAAAUGACUAGUGUGUGGAAAAGAAAAUUCAAUACAUUUGAAAAUCCAGCAGUAGAUACAUAAUUCAAGGUGUGAAACUUGAACCCAGCCAAAGAAGUGCUACUUUCCCCAAUCAGCGAUAGUGACUAAUGUGGGGUCUGUUGAGCUUGUAUUUAUGAAUCACAAUACCAUGUCACUUUACCCUAUAGCUUUCCUUUUUAUCAGUAACAGUUGUAUGAUAACAAUAACACUGGUGUUGUAUUGUAUAGCACUUGUUUUUUUAUUCUGUUAAUUUUUUUCUUUAUUGUAUUUUAACCCUUUUUUUAAGACUCCAUUAUUUUUAACUCUCAUUCUCACUGACUGUGUCUGUGUUGCUUCAACGACGGAAUUUCUCCUCUGGGGAUCGAUAAAGUGUUAUCGUCAUUUUGCUAAUGUUAUCUGGAGGCAGUGAAGUUAAAAUGAUAUAAAUAGUCACAAAAAAGUGUUUUUGAAAUUUGUAACGACGUAGCUCAUGAUUCUCCUACAGGCACGUCUUGAUGAAACAACAAAAGGAAACACUAAAUGAAAAAGAAAGAGGUUCAUUAUGAAAAAUAGUUUCAUUUAGCAACCUCCUUUAGUCCUGCUAAUAAAGCAAAGCUUACGGCAUAGCUGGGUGUCUGGAGUUCAGGUUAGAUGCAGGUUAACUAUUAGCUUGUUCAGUUGUAAAUUACACAAAGGUAUCGAUCUAAAUGUCACUAUAGCAGCACCUAACUCAGCUCAGAGUGCAGACUGAACUGUAUGUCCUGUAUUUAAAUAUAUACAGCAGUGUGAUAUGGUCCACUUUAUAGUAAUUGCUUUCAUUGUUAAGAUGUUAAUUACCUGCCAGCUUAUGUUUCAUGUUUGAUAGCAAUUGGAGAACAGCUUGAAUGAGUUUGGGGAGCCAUGGAAACUCAACCCUGGAGAUGGUGCUUUUUAUGGUCCCAAGGUAAGACACUUUUUUGAUAAUACCCAUCAGACUAAAAAUAAUAUUUUAUUAUCAGCUUGUAACCUAUAAAAGUGCUGUUUUUUUUCUGUGCUAUGGCAGAUCGACAUUAAGAUCAAAGAUGCAAUUGGGCGUUAUCACCAGUGUGCGACCAUUCAGCUGGACUUCCAGCUGCCUAUCCGCUUCAACCUGACCUUUGUGGGGUGAGUCAUUGGAUGAAAACACUGACACGCUGCUGAGACCCUGUUCUUUUCUGCACUGAGGAUUAUCAGUUAAUCCCUUCUGAAUAAAAUGUCUAAUUUUGAGCUCUGUGUCCGCAGAGUUUUCUGAUUAUAUGGUGGGGAGCUUUGUAGAUUUGAACUCACUUCACAGGUGACAGUCUGAUUUAUCACCUCUCUAGGAUUAUUGAAUUGUAAACCUGUUUGGUAAAGAAUUGCAGCAUUGAGGGCUGAUCGAAAAAGCCCAGUAUUACAAAUAAACAGAGGCAGGAGUGGCUCAGUACUUAAGUGUAAGGAAGUCAGAUUUAGCUCCGGGGGUUAGACCAUAGACUGUAUUAAGUAUGGGCAUACUAUCAAUUUUGCCUCUCUGUGGAGUAUGAAGAGGGGUCAUGAAGCCAAGAUAUGAUUGUGGUGAAAUGCUGACCCCAAAUAUUUAGAUGACUCAAAAAAUCUGCAAAGAGGUGGAGUUGGGGCCGUUGCUCCGUCCUCUGGCAAACAGCGUCCACCUGUCAAUCAAAUCAGCUAGGCCUCUAAUUAUGCAUGGCUGUUAUGGUACCAACCCACCAGAGAUGGCUAGGGCACCUCAGGACAUGCCACUCACUAAAAACUUGUGAUGUCAGCCAAAAUCAAUACAAAUGACUCAUACAGUUUAAACAGGAAAAUGUUUCCAGUGCUGCUGUAAAAAUGAGCAUUUUACUAUGGGUUCCUCCAUUUCUUUUUGGAGCCAGUGUUGAGUGGGCAAUCAUGAAGCUGUAGUGUUUUGCCUUGACAUCAUCUAAUACUGAAGAUUGCUCAUUGAGUCAGACACAGAUGUAAUUCAGGGAGGUUUGAAUAUUUAUACGCUGAAUUGGUAGAGGUUGUUACACCACUUGCCGACAUAUCACUUUUGUGUUACUUCCUGCAGGAAGGACGGAGAUGACAAAGCCCGGCCAGUCAUCAUUCAUCGGGCCAUCUUGGGCUCAGUGGAGAGGAUGAUUGCCAUUCUCACAGAGAACUAUGCAGGGAAAUGGUAAGUAGUGCUGGGCGAUUGGACGAUAUAUAUCGUUGGCACGAUAGAAAAUGUCUAUCGUGCCAUUUUUAUUCUUAUCGUUUCGGGCGAUAGGUUGUAUUUAAUCCAUAGAGCUUGUGCCAUCAGAUGAUUCAUAGUAACAACAACAAUAAUUGCACAUUCAGUAAGUGUAUUUGAUGUCGAACGGGAAAGAAAACAAUAUUUUCUUACAAAGAAAAGGAUGCGUUGACAUGUAGGCUUGCAUUUCUCUUUCGAUUUUGCGACAUGACGCCGCUUUACGUGCCCUCUUUAUGUCCAGCGCCUCCCGCCGUUGCGGGUUACCUGGGUUACACACGUGAGGGGAUCAUUGUAAGCAGUGCUUAAUUUGUGCCGGAGCAAGUCGGAGCGCGAUCCGGGACCUCUUUUGAUCGGAUCUGGGACCUAUUUCAGCCGCUCCGGCACCUGUUUCAUCUGCUCCGGGACCUUCCCUGUGGAGGAUGACUUUUUUCGGGAAUUCCCGUGGGUCACGUGAUUCCCGCGGGAUGGGAGUCAUUUUUUUUAUUAAUCUCUUGAUCGGGACGGGACGGGAAAAAAAGCAACGGGAGUGGGCAGGAGCGGGAACAACAUGAAAAGAUGAUCUUUUUCAGCCGUGUUUAACAACCAGAUGAACAGGUGCGUCCAUUUUUGUAGUCAUCUCUCAGUGAGAGUAAACACUCUUGACCGCGCUAGCAACACAAAAGAACUACAACAGCGGUUUGACUUCCUGUCAGCUGGGAGCGCGGCUGCGCAUUUGUACCCUUCAAGCCAGCAGCGAGGAAACGUAAUUUUGUGACAUUCUGUAGUUUUUCAAUCAUUUCUGGAGUCGUGGCGAAUCAAAUCACCUUACCUGUCUGCCCCUGAUAGGCGAAUAAAGCGCUCGGAUUCAUGCUCGGGUCUUGCUACGUGCUUCAAGAGUAAAGUAAACAAUGAUGGAGGCAGAGAGCAGCUUUGGAGGAGAAACAUCUAGCAGUGUGAAGUGUAAAGUGCAUUACAAAUUAAAUGUAUUAUUAUUAUUAUUAUUAUUAUGGAGUGCUUCGGCUCACACUAUCAGCGUUUUCUGUAAGUGUUACAUAACUUUGGGUGAGCACAGACAUGAACGCACUUCAGCCACGUAUUUGUUUAUUCAUUUUUCUAGUUUUAAGUGCUGGUCUUGUACUGGUACUGUACUAGUGCAGCUGUAUACACUUAAAUUUUUCAUAGAACUGAAAGCAUACCAUAGCUAUAUCGUGAUAUAUAUCGUUAUCGUGAUAUAAAAUGAUCCAUAUCGUGAUAUACAUUUUUUUCCAUAUCGCCCAGCACUAAUGGUAAGGAUCAUUUCCAGAACUAUAUCCAAAAUGCUAUGAAAUUGAAAGGGUUCCCCACGAUCCACAAAUCUGAUAUCACCGGCUUUUGUCAUUUUUGUCAUUUGCUCAUUGACGUUAUCAAGUAUUUUGCAUCAACAGUCCUAAUUUUAGUGUUAUUAUUAGUAAGAACCAUCUUUUUGGAAUAUCAAAUUGCUGUAUUUUUAACAACACUUAGCACAAUAUCCUCUUUCCUUUCUGGAUUUUUUUUUUUAAAUAACUUUGACCCAUAAAGAUUUCUCCCGGUGCGUACUCUUUUUCAGGGGGAUGUGUUUCUGUUAUUGUCUUUGUACCAGUACAUAAACAGUGUAUUCAUCUUUUGUCUUUCCAUCAGGCCUCUUUGGCUCUCUCCUCGUCAGAUCAUGUUAGUGCCUGUCAACCCCUCCUGUGAGGUUUAUGCCAAGAAGGUUUGUCGUCCAUUUCCUCAUCUUGGCCUCAUCAUUAAGAAAAGCUGUUGGCAAACUUCCUCUCAUCUUUGUCUUGAUUAUUGAUUGUUGUUCAUCUGACAGGUGUGUAAGCAGUUUACAGAGGCUGGUUUCAUGGCAGAUGCGGACCUCGACUCUAGCUGCCUUCUAAACAAGAAAAUCCGUAACGCUCAGUUGGCUCAGUAUAACUUUAUCCUUGGUAAGAAAACUAUACAUUUGACCACACUUCACAUUGAAGUUACUCUCUCUUGGUGGGCUUCAAUCACUUGGAAAGUACAUCUAAUCACUUGCACAUUCAGAGUUUAUUUGUAGACUGUUUGAUUGCAUCUCUAAGAAUGUUGAGUUUGUUUUUCCCCCUCCAGCACUGUGUUAGGCCAGCUUACGUGUGCAUGUGUUUUGUGACUUUGCCCAUGUCAAGCUGUUGUGUCCUCGUGUGUCUUGGCAGUUGUCGGGGAGAAGGAGAAGAUGACUAACGGCGUCAAUGUGCGCACGAGGGACAACAAAGUCCACGGAGAGCUGUCGGUGGCCGAGGUGCUGGCUCGCCUGACCCUGCUCAAACAAUCCCGCUGUCGAAACGCAGAGGAGGAGUUCUGAUCAAGACAAAGAACAAUCCAGACUCUUCAAUACGAAUACCUCAACUGCUGAUGGAUGAUGUGAAAAACAAGAGAAGGAGUGAGGAAGAUGGUGUAGUGAAAGUGUUAAACACAAAGCAGAAAUCACACAGUUAAUAAUUUAAUUGUGAUGAAAGGUUGUAAUGAACGAGGAUGCCAAACAAUGCUGAGAUACCCAUUAGAUUAUGAAAUGAAGGAAGAAAAUGGCAGGUUUAUAUCUGUGGUCGAAGUAGUAAAUUAUGUUAAAAUAAUGUGAUUUUUGCCAUAAUGAAGGUUAUCUGAAUCUGGCACUGAUUUUUCACAAAUAUCUGUCUUUAUGGGGAUCCCCAGAAAUAAAAAAAAAUACUGAAUUUGA